UUGACAAAAUUCUAACGAAGUUGACAAAAAUGACCAUAGCUACACGUUUUGAUAAGUUGAGGGAUCCCAAUUGUAGUAAUGGUCCUUCCAACAUAACUUAUUGAUAGGAUUUUUACCACUUGCGCAAAAAGGGUUAAAAACAUCUAAAACACUUGCAAGAAAAACAAGAUUAUUGUAGUAUAAUUGGCUCAAAUAAGGUCGUUCUCAACAGGGAUUAAUUUAAAAAGAUUAAAGCAAAAUAAAAUUCUCAACUAAUUAAUUAAAAUUUUUUUUUUUUGAAAAAGGUGAUUUAAUGACCUAAAUUGAGAAAAGAAAAUUUAAUCAAAAGGAUUACUUAAAAACUGCAACUUUAAAGAAGGAGAAAGAAACAUAUUUUAGAAUUCAAAAUGAGAAAGUACUAGGGUUUCGCCAUCACCCUAACAAUCAUAUGUAGUUAUUCUAAUUACUUAUAAAUUACACAUGCAUAUUUUGAAGGUUAAGUUUUCUUAGAGUAUAUCCUACUUGGAAACUCUAACAUAGAACGUAUAUUUAACAUGCAACCCAUCCGUGGUGUCCAGAUCGAAUGUGAACAUGCAAGACUCAUUAAGUUUUGUGAAAACUCUUUGAACAACCAUAUAACACUUAAGACGUGUCGUCCAUCCUAAGAAGUUACACAUAUUAACCACAAGAAGCCUUAGUCAAUUUAGGGACAACCCUCCGCUAAAAUUGCAUCAAAUUACUUUUCUAAAUAUCCUAAUGGUCGCAAAUCACUAAGACAAUUAGAUAGUUUUAACCGGUGAUUAACAACUCAAAACUGCAUGCAUAAAUUCAUAAGCAAAUUAAAAAAAGAUUACAUAUUCUUGCUAAGAAUCAUGGCUUCACCCUAGCAAAAAGAAUUAUUUACGCAUAUUCAUAAUAAAAAUCAUAAAGUCUUUAUUGAAAUAGAAAAAGAAUGAAAACACCUUGAAAGUAUAAGUCUUGAAAUCUCUAAGCUUUGCCCCAAAUCUUUUCUCCAAAAAUUGCAUAAAAAGAAAACUAGGGCUGGCCAAAAAAAAACUUAUUUAUACUACUCUAAUUAAAUCCUCCUAGUCAAAGGUCUUAGAAUAAGACAAGGAAACUAAAUAAAUUAGGAAACAUAAUCCUAAAUCAACUUGAAAAUUCGCCCAAAAUCCUUCACAGCCACGUUUUGGACCCAUAUCAGCUCCAAAACUGGCCCAAAAUAGCUGGAUUUAAAGCUUGAGCUAUUCUGAACACUUCACCAGAAGGCCACGAACCCAUAUGAGAUUAUAUUGGGCUUCAAAAACUGCAUUUAAGCCAAAAAAAGGCACUUUCCAACAACACACACUGCUCCUUUAUUUAAUUGCCAGAAAAUUGAAUUCUAAUCCAACGGCUAUUAAACGUGGCACAACACGGGACGCUAAAUUUCUAACGGCUCUAUCAUCUAACGGUCCUCAUUAAUUACUCCUUUUUACACUUAAAAAUUUUUUAAAAAAAUAUUUGAAAAAAUGGCAGGUAGCCAUUGUGCUUAGGCUGUUGGAUUGCAAAAAAAAAAAAAAAAAAAAAAAAAAAUAUCCAACGGUCAAUAUUAAUUCAGUUAGAAACAAAUUAAAAAAAUAAAAAUACAAAUAGAGAAAAAUGCAAAAACAAAGUUUAAAAUCUUUCCUAUAAAAUACCCAACUAUCCUCCUCCACCCUACACCACAUCUCAAUCUUUCUAAAUCAACCAAUUUUUCUUUCAAAGUUUCCAAAAACUUUUGUUUCAAAAAAAUGGCUAAUGAUGCAGGCUCGAAUUGGUCCAUCAUUGAAGAUGUUACAUUGUGUGAAUGCUGGGUUCGAAUUUCUCAUGAUCCGAUUACAGGUAAUGAGCAGAAGUUGCCUCAACUUUGGAAGAAAGUUCAUACUGCUUUUUGCGUGAAGCUUGGCAAUAAAAGAACGGAGCAAUCUCUAACAAGCCGGUGGAAAAAACUCAACAAAGAGUUCAUUAGUUGGAGAAACGCCCUCAAACAAGCUCAAGAUAAUCUUCGAAGUGGCGAAAAUUUAUCGAAUGACACACUUCAAGCACAAGUUUGGUACAAUGCGGCCAACAAGAACAAGUCAUUCACCCGUCAUGAAUGUUGGAAUGUUGUCAAAGGUUGCCCCACAUACAAAAUUGUGGGAAAUGGUCUACCAGUUGUCAUAAAUGACACCCCUUUGCACUCUACACCAAAAGACGACUCGUCUGGUCAAGAAGGUGACCCACAUGAAGUGUCAGAACCGACCCAUCAUUCACUUAGGCCUCUUGGUAAGAAAGCUGCGAAUGAAAGAGCUACAAAAGGGAGUUCUUUCAAGAGUGAAUAUAUAAAAUGUUUGGAAGAAAUUAGUCACAAAGGUCAAGAUGGUGUAACAGAAGAUGCUACCUUCGUUCAUGGCGAACCUUCUCAAGAUGGUAAUGGCCCCCCAAAAGUUGAUUCUAAGGUGGAAAUUCUUCACGAGAAAGUCACAAAGCAAAUCAUUAAGGAAGGUCAUGGUCAAAGACCAUCCAAGUAUUCAACAUGCUUCUUGCACCACAGGGCAUGGACUGAAAGCACGGGACACAAGUUUGAAGACACAUGGGAUGAACAACGACCGCUUGAAAUGAUUUUAGGAAAAGAGGAAAAAGAAAUGACUGGCUUGGCUAUUGGGGUGUCCAGCAUGAAGUCUGGAGAGCGUGCCCUAUUACACGUAGGCUGGGAGUUAGGGUAUGGGAAAGAAGGGAGCUUUUGUUUUCCAAAUGUUCCACCAUUGGCUGAUAUAUCAUAUGAAGUUGAGCUUAUUGGAUUUGAUGAAACCAGAGAAGGGAAAGCUCUUAGUGACAUGACCUUGGAGGAAAGGAUUGGAGCAGCAGAGAGAAGAAAGAUGCAUGGAAAUGCUUUAUUUAAAGAGGAAAAACUAGAGGAGGCAAUGCCACAGUAUGAAAUGGCCAUAGCAUAUAUGGGUGAUGACUUCAUGUUCCAGUUGUUUGGGAAGUACCGGGAGAUGGCUUUGGCUGUUAAAAAUCCAUGCCACCUUAACAUGGCAGCGUGUUUUAUAAAGCUCAAGCGCUAUGAAGAAGCCAUUGGACAGUGCAGCAUUGUACUGGCAGAGGAUGAAAACAACGUCAAAGCGCUAUUUAGGCGAGGAAAAGCCAGAGCAGAGCUUAGGCAGACAGAUGCUGCGCAGGAAGACUUUCUAAAGGCGCGCAAAUUUGCACCUCAAGAAAAAGCUAUUGCAAGAGAGUUAGGUUUGCUUGCUGAACAUGACAAGGCUGUUUACCAGAAACAAAAAGAACUCUACAAGGGAAUUUUCGGACCAACCCCAGAACCUAAACCCAAACCCAAACGGGAUAAUCGGUUGAUCAUCUUUUGGCACUGGCUGUUGUCAUUGUUCUAUCAUCUGAUCAUCUUUUGGCACUGGAUGUUGUCAUUGUUUUAUCAUCUCUUCAGGCGCGAAAGGCGUAAAGCUGAUUAGUCAAAGAUCUUAAGCUCUUGAAUUGUAUGACAAAUGAGGAAAUUCAUGUACUGAACCUAUUCUGGUAAACAGAGCUUAUGAUUCUGACCCUGAGGUUCACUCGUUUACGUUGUGGCAGGGGAGUUUAGAUGCGAACAUUUUUAGCCAGGAACGAAGAUACAUUGAUCAAAUUGAACUGUUCUAAUGUUAGACAAAGGUUUGAUUACUGAGUUUCGGUUGUGAAAUUUCGGUUGCCACCAUAAUACUUAGAUGGUGUGCAAAUUGAGUCUAUUUGUUACUCUGAAGUAUUGCUUCUUGUUUGUUUAGUGUAUCUUUGGCUGGAGAACUUGGUUUCUUUAGUUACAAGUUUAGUGGUCUAUAUGGAUGAGAGUGAUUUUAAACACAAGGAUUUGAAAUUUGGCGCAUGAAAUUGAAAUUUAUGAAAUCAUAAAAAUAUUGGUUUAA